AUGAUGCAAAACAAGAAAGAUGACUUGUUUAAGGUGUUAUAAUUGAUUGAAGGUAUGGAUGAUAAAAUCUACAUAAUAAUAGAAAAGCUCUUUAAGGAUGGAUAGUCAAAUUCUCUCAAAUUUAUUUCAAAUAUUGAAAAUAAACUUAGUUACAAAAAAUACAUUGUUUUAUGCAACAAUUUAUAGUCUUUUUGAUUAGCAUUGGAAAUUGGACUCUGCUAAAAGCAAUCUUAAGAAAAUUACAAAUGUUCUCAAAAUAAUAAAAGAUCAUCAAUUUAAUAAACAGAAUUACUCAUUUGAUGAUUAUGAACAAUUUAAAAGAAUCUAUUCACAAAAAUAUCGUUGGAUAAGAAGAUAAUCGAAUUCCUAAAAUUUUAGUUCAUCUGACUGCUUUAGAUGAGAGAUAUAUUUAGUGUGGAUCAAAUUCUCUUCAUUUGCUAGUUUAGAUGAAGGCUGAUUUGAGGGAAUAAAGUUCUGAGAAUAUCAGGACUUAGAGAUACCUCUUUAUUUUGUGGAAAUUUUGUAAGAUGCAAUUUCAGUGGAUCGGAAUUUGAUAAUGUGGAUAUAAGUGGAAUGAACUUAAAUCAUGCUUUAUUGUUUAAUUGUAAAUGGAAAAAUAUCAAAAUUCAUGAGUUAAAUACAUUAUAUGGUCAUCAUGGAAGUGUCAAUUAGAUAUGCUAUUCUCAAGACGGUAAAUUAUUAAUGUCUUGUAGUGAUGAUAACUCGAUUCAAAUAUGGGAUGUUAAAACAGCAAAAAUUUAGUCUAGAAUUAAGGAAAAGAAAGUAGUAAAUUCAAUAUGCUUCUCACCUAAUAAUGGCAAUAGCUUUCAGCAGUGGAGAAGUUGUGUACUUAUGGAAUCUUAUAACAGGAAAAUAAUUUUCUAAAUUGAUUGGUCAUUCAUCAACAGUAACUUCAGUCAAUUACUCUCCUGACGAUCCUACAUUAGCACCUGGUAGUAAUGAUAACUCUAUCCGUUUAUGGGAUGUUAAGACAGGAUAAUAAAAAGCCAAAUUUGAUGGUCAUUGGGCAGUUUUAUCAAUAUGAUAUUCUCCUGAUGGUACUACAUUAGCAUCUGGUAGUAGGAUAACUCUAUCCGUUUAUGGGAUGCUAAAACAUCGCAAGAGAUUCAACCUUAUAAUAAUUGUUACAAAGACCAUCUUUCUUAGUUUAAAUUGCCACUUUAAAAUCACUCAAUUUAAAAAAUUGUAUCUAUUAAUAUUAUUCUUUAGUUAGGAUUGAUCAUACAAUACAAUGAAUAUGUAAAAAUCAUUUUGGAAGCCUCAGGAGCUUAAAUUUUGAGAGGAGUUUUUGAAAAUUAUUAAGGUAAGCAUAAACUUUCUAUAAAUUUCUUCAAUAUGCUGAAUAAUUUUAAUAACUUUUUAAAGAACAUUAUUCCUACAUUUCUAUGUGAUAAGCGAACUUUAAGAAUCUGA